AUGGGGCGAACAUUCAAAUCCUUCGUAGCAGACGGCUACUUUAUCAGCACCCUCCUUUGUCCAAAUAAAAUCACCAUGAGAGUUAUCAUCAGGGAGAACGCUCAGCAGGCGUCGGAAUAUAUUGCCGACUAUAUCAUCAGUCGUAUCAAGGCUUUCAAACCCACUCAGGAUCGUCCUUUCGUACUGGGUCUUCCCACUGGCAGCAGCCCCGAGAUUAUAUACAGAACACUUGUGCAGCGCCACCGGGCAGGUGAAAUAUCUUUCAAAAAUGUCGUGACGUUCAAUAUGGAUGAGUAUGUGGGUUUACCACGUGACCACCCCGAAUCCUAUCACAGCUUCAUGUACAAGCACUUUUUCUCGCACGUCGACAUUCCACCGCAGAAUAUCAACAUCUUAGAUGGCAACGCCCCAGAUCUGGCUGCCGAAUGUGCUUCCUACGAAGCCCGCAUUGCCGGCUAUGGCGGCAUCGAGCUUUUCCUGGGCGGCGUUGGAGCUGAUGGCCAUAUUGCCUUCAAUGAGCCGGGAUCCUCGUUGAGCAGUCGAACCCGGGUGAAGACAUUGGCGUACGAUACAAUCCUUGCGAACUCGCGGUUUUUCGACAAUGAUGUUGAGAAAGUUCCCCGCAUGGCUUUGACAGUUGGCAUUCAGACCAUAAUGGAGGCCAGGGAAGUGGUCAUCGUGGCAACGGGCGCUCACAAAGCUCUUGCGUUGAAGAAGGGUCUCGAGGGUGGUGUUAACCACAUGUGGACACUGUCAGCACUGCAGUUGCAUCAACACCCGCUAGUUGUCUGCGACCGCGAUGCUACCUUGGAGUUGAAGGUCAAGACAGUCCGCUAUUUCGAGUCAAUCGAGCAGUCUGGAACAGAUGCUCGUACCCAAGGCCCGCCACUUGUCUAUCGACCAAGGACCUAUGUACCUGCUCCAUUGGGGGCGGGCAAAUUGCCGCAGCAGCUCACCCCCGCAUCAACACCUCCUAAAGCUCCAAAGGACCUGAGAAUCAACACAGAGUUCCAAAACUCUAUAGAGGAAGAUGAAUUGACACCUGAUAGCAUGUCUUCUCGAUUGGUAGACUCCGCUAUUGGCGGCUUGGACUCGACGCUCAAAGCCGACAUGAUGUUCGAUCGGAUGGGCGCGAGAGUCGUAUCCCAUUGA